CAGUAUGAUGAUAGAUAUUCUAAUUGGGAAUAUCCAUUCAGAAGACAUUGUAGAUAUUUUAAACUACUUCAAAGUGUUGAUAAAAAUAUUCCAAAGAAAGAUCACUUAGGUUCUUUAAGUGACAAAGGUUCUUUAAUGAAAUUUAAAAAAUUAUUACAUGAAUUAAAAUUAGAUUAUAAUUUGUUUUUUUGGGUAAAAAAUGUUAAUUCAACUAACUCUUUUAUUUAUAAAAAUGAACAAAAAUUACUUAAAAAUUUUAAAACAAAUAUAUUAAAAAGAAAAAAGAAAAAACAAGAUAAUAAUAUUGUAGUAGCUAUCAAUAUUAGAUUGGAAAAAUUAAAACAAGAAAAUUUAAAACAAGAAGAAUACAAAUUACAAUCACCUCAAUGGCACCCUCAAUCUCCAUCAUCUAUCUAG